AUUUAUCAGUUAGGAAAGUCACCUGGCUUUCUAGUUGUAACAUUAUUUAUGUUGUGUUUAUGACACAGAUGUCUGUCUUGAAAUCUUUACCUGACAGAUAGCCUACUGAUCCACUUACUUCGUCCUCGACGUCGGUUCCGUGUCACUCUAGAGAUGUCUCUGGGUUUCCUGAGGUUUGUUUUGAGUCAGGCACUGAGCCGCAGUCUUCGUCGACCCAUCAGCAUGGUCAGCUUUCCACUGGCAACCAAACCAUCAACCCUCAGGCCAGCAUGGUGUUGCCAUAUUGCCCCAUCCUGGCUAAGUAUGUCCUUCUCCACAGACACUGAGAGUGGGGGCACAGACAUAACAGAUAUCCAGAAGGAGACUAAAAAGCUGGACCCGAAAGCACGAGUCACUUUUGGCAGCGUGGGUAGGAAGAUUGGCCUGCGCCAUAUACAGUUACUGGGUGAGGAUGGUGAGGAAUUGGGUACAAUGCACCGUGCCGAUGUGAUACGACUGAUGGACCAAACAGGGCUGAAGCUUGUUGCCAUAAAUGACAAUUGUGAUCCUCCAUUAUACAGACUGAUGAAAGGGAAACAGAUCCACGAAGAGCAGAUGAAACUUAGAGAUGCACAGAAAGCCAAGAAAGGGCCCGUCCAGUCAAAGGAGCUCAGUUUCUCCUCAGAUAUUUCCCUUCAUGAUUUAGAUACUAAACUGCGGCAGGUUGUCAGCUGGCUGGAAAAGAAGAACCACGUCAGACUCACUAUCAAAGCAAGAACUGCCAGUGGCGCACCACUUCCGGAUAAAGUCUUAACUCAGAUGUUGGAGAAGAUAUCAGUGCCCAUUGGCUUUGUAUCAAAACCCUCUGUGGUUCGUGGAGGUCGUGCUGCCAUGUGCGUCCUUCGGCUUGCCUCUGCUAAAGAACUGCAGAAAAAGGAAGCAGAGACUUCGAACAAGAAUUUAAAACCUGACUUUGAGACCCCAACAUCUCCUGGUACCUCCACUACAGAGGAGCCAAAAGACUUAAAGCAACAGUAA